GAUCGCGCACCGUUCGAAGAAAAAAGUAAUUUUUUUCUUGUACUCUAUGUGAUUGUCGCAGUUUGUAAGUUAGAAAGAACGUUUAUUUUUCUCAUUUCGAUUCAGUUGGUACAUUAUUGUUUAUUAAAUGCUUCUCCAACGGUGCUAAUUUUUUUAUUGUAUCGACAUCAGUUUUGCGGUAAAUGUCGUGUUGUAGUGCGUCAAUAAAGAAAAAUAUAAGUCUUACUUUGUUAACGAAUCUUUUUGCGUUCCAUAUUUUGCUUUUCUCCAUUUCCAAGACCGAUUCCAUUGUUUAAAUGCUCCACGUGAUACGUAAAAAUUUUGCAAACUCCAAAAUAUUCAUUUUACUUUGUCGUUUAUAUUUCUUACUGUGAACAUUUUUAGUGGUAAAUCGAUCUAAAAUACAAAUAUUUACCUCAGUUUUUAAAGUUUUUUUGAGACAUAUUUUUCUAAAUAUUGACCAGUCUGUCUGAUAUUAGUAAUUAAGAUUGCUUUUUACGUUUUUACUGUGUGUGUUUUGAGAGAAAAAAUAAAUCCCUUUUUGGUGGAGGUGGUAAAAUGCUGGAAUGCUGUGUAGUAGUUGUUUAGUUAAGCUAUCGAGUUAUUAUUUCACAGGAUCACAAAGAAUUUCUAUAUAAGUAGGAAAAGAAUGCAAUAAGAGGAAUGAAAUAUGAAUGAAACGUCAAAAGUGUAUUCGAUUUUCGCAUACUUAAUACAAAUAUAGUAGCUUCACUUAUUUCUUUAUUUUUUAGCAGAAUCUAGCUUAAUUGCGAUUGCCUUAUCACGAUCAGCUGUAUUCAACUUUCAAUAUCGACUCGAUCAGCCCGAACCUUCAAAUGUCGUGCAAGUACCUCCUGGACACUUUGGACGGCACGAAACCCGACAGCGUGCUUGCCAGCUCCGUAGUCGACCAACUGAACGCCUCUGACUCGGACCUGCUCAAUCUUCUAUCCACCGAAGAAGAAUGUACCGCCCUCCUGAACAACAUCGCCACCGAUCAACAAUUCGACACGCUCAUAAACGAGAGCGAUUUCGUCGCCAACACCGUCAUUGAACCUCUAAAUCACGAACCGGAGAAGGAGACUUUCAGGUGCGACCAAUGCGACCGGAUAUGUUCCACCAAGAAACUGUUAAGGAAGCAUCUCGAAAUUCACACGCGGGAACGAAAAAUACCUUGCGACGAGUGCGGCAAACUCUUUCGUUUCCGGUACGAGGUGAAAGCACACGCCAGAUCGCACGAGAAGCCCACGUUACAGUGCGACGUGUGCUCGAAGAUGUUCAUCCACAAGUCACACCUGACCGUCCACAGAAGGAAACACCUUAACGAAUACGUGGCGUUUUGCGAAGAGUGUAACAUCGGGUUCGUGUCAAAAAGAGAUCACGCCAAGCACGUGAGCACGCGUCACGAAAAAGCGCGCUUAAUAUGCGAAACGUGCGGCGCGAGUUUGAGCACUACGUCCGCCCUCAAAGAGCACAGAGUUACUCACCGGCCGGGUUAUGGUAAGGAGAGACCGCACGGCUGCGCGGUGUGCGGCAAGCGUUACAUAACGCCGAGGAAUUUAAAGAGUCACAUGAUCGUGCACUCGAGGGUGAAGCCUUAUGUGUGCAGGAUAUGCGGCAAGUCGGUGAGCAGCAAGAGCAUCCUCGAGACUCACGUGAAGAUGCACACGGGCGUGAAGGAUUUCGUUUGCGACGUGUGCGGCAAAGGUUUCGCGUCCAAAGAGUACCUUGCGAUCCACCAGAGGAUUCACGACGGUAACAAACCGUUCGAGUGCGCGGUGUGCGGCAAAAGGUUCACGCAGAAGACGUCCCUCACGGUGCACUCGAGGUACCACACGGGCAAGAGGCCGUACAGGUGCGAGUGCGGCAAAAAUUUUACGACCAAAAGCCACCUGAUGACCCAUUACAAAACUCACGACGUGGGCGGAGUCGAUAUCGAUUAUAUAUCGUAUCCGAUCCACGAGUCCCUGCAAGCGUUGUGAAUGCAUGAGAACCACCGUUCUUCAGGUGGCAUUCAAUAGUUUUGAACCAGCGAGAAUUGCUGAAAUCGUUGUCUAAGACAUAUUGAAAACUUUCAGAUCAAUUUGAUUAAUUUUUUUAAAUUUAUUGUUAAAUAUAUAUAUGCUCAUUUCAUAAAUAAAAUUGCCACUCACCGUCACUCUAGCUGCCCAUCCUCCAGCCAAUAUAGCCAAUAUAAUUUGUGAAUAAACGAUUUGGGACAAAUGUUUUGUUUUAUUUUUAUUACUUGGUGGGGUAAACUGUCGAUCAGUUAUAGCUGUGUCCUCGACGAAGAUGGCCUGUCUAAAAUCCAAAUUGCAGUAGAAAUAUGUCAUAUUUCAUUUUUUAUAUUUGCGGAACGACCUACAGGAGAUAGUGUAUGUGAGUUUGUGUGCAAGUUUUUAUUUUUAUGGCGAAAGAUCUUUUUUCCCGACCUAUAAAAGCGAGACACUGUUCCACAAUGAGCAGAGCAGAUGGCAAAGCGAUAUGACUCGGAUAAUCUGGGCCUGAGCAAAAUAAAUAACAUGCGUGUAUGUAAAUUAUUAGUAGUGUGUACAUAUUUAAUAAGAGUGUAUACAUAAUUUUAGCUUUUAGUGACUUUAGUUGUUAUUUUGGACGGAAUAACUUUUAAGUUCAAAUUGUUGAAAAAGCUUAGGUGAUCAAUUGGCAGAAAAGAACCUUCUUUUAGAAAUUUUGGUUGUGCAAAAUCGAAAACAGUUUGUAUUAAUUUGUGUUCAGCUAAGCAAUGACUUUUACAUUUAUUUAUUUAUUUAUGUUAUAUAUAUCAUUAUUUAUUCAAAUGAAAUUUGAAGCUUUUUUAAUGUGAGUCUUUUUUUUACAAUGAAAAUCACAGAUCUUUAAAAUAUACACGGUGUUUCCACUUCAAAUUAAAAAAAACGGGCACUUACUUAUAUUUAUUUUAGAAGCAGUCUUAGACUGUGUAGAUAAAUAUGUAAACAUUUGUUGAUGAUAGUUGCUGCCAAAUGUACUGACACGUUACUUUGUGGUAAAGAAAUGUUUAACGCAGUUUAUAUGCCAAUUUUUUUCUUUUCUCGAUUGGACUUCUUCAGGUAUACCAUAUGAGGAAAAUACAAUACGCGGAUAACGAAAAAUAUUAUCCGAAAACACUCAAAUGCGACACGAAUACACCGAAACUUUAAACGAAACGUAAUGGAAGGUCUUUAGACGAAAUUCGAACCAAAAAUCUUAUAUUUUUCUCGUUUCUGUAUACGGAUAGAUAAUAUUUUUAAACACUGAUCUUCACACACUUAACUCGUUUCUUCCUGAAAAUUGAACGGCAGGUGAUCAUAUUAACAGCCAACGCUGUCAACGGCGGCCAUGUUUCCGCAAAUAAUUUUUUAUGCCUCUACUUUCAAUUUAUCUAGUAGCCAUACGGGUAUACUAUUUUAUUUAUAAGUUAGAUUAAAGAAUUUCAAUUUAUUGGUAGUUAUUGAGUUUAUUUUGUUUUGCGCCAAACUGUUUUUUUUUUAAUUAAUUUUUUUUAAAUGACAUAAAAAUUACACAUUUUUUAUUGUUAACUAAAUAUUUAUAAUAAUCAGUCUCCUCCGCUCAACCUUUAUGUUAAUUUACUGAUUUAGUGUGUUGCUUCCGCCCUAGUUGUCUCCUAUUUUUGCAUACGUGAGUGCCGAAGACCGAUCAUAUCCGAAACGAGAUCCACCAUUGCGCUUUAUGUACGUCAGCGUGUCACCAAAUCGUUUUGAUUACGUAACAAU